GCUCGUAUAGCAUAUUGCGCUCUGAAUGGUCAGAAAUAUCAUCCUCCGUAUACCUGUACUCCGCUCGCUGCUUCCCCGAGUAUCACGGCCGCUCCUUCCAAUCACCCGCCUCGCCGUUGCAACAGAGCCGCAAAUCACCCUCACAAGACCAGGCGGUCGCGUCAGCACACGUCUCCUCCACCACAGUUCUUCGCGACUAUCUUCAUCAUCAUCCCGUGACUCCUCGCCGGGCCCCGAUAAUAAUCUUCCUCCAGAUGCAACACUCUCCCAACGCCUGAAGCACUUAAUCAAGUCCUACGGCUGGUACGCCCUCGGCGUAUACUUUCUGCUAUCCGUCGCAGAUUUCACUGUCGCCUUUGCGGCGGUGAAUAUUCUCGGCGCCGAACACGUUGCCCGAGUUGCAGUAUCCGCCAAGGAAGUCUUUGCUGGGCUGCUCCCGUCAAGACCCGCAGAGCCAGGGAGGGACGAGAUGGACAGCGCGUCACAUGCAGGCAGCGGAGGCUCAGAGGGUAUCUGGGCGAUGGUCGUACUUGCGUACACCAUCCACAAGACCCUGUUCCUGCCAGUCCGGGUUGGCCUUACCGCCGCCGUCACACCGAGGCUGGUCGGUUGGUUACGAAGUCGCGGGUGGGCCGGCAGCGCAGGGACGAAGCGUGCCGCGCAGGAGAUGAGGGAACGAAUUCGAAACCGCAGCGGUAGAGAUCACGAUUAAUGACUUCACCACGAUUCAAAACUAGAAUACAUCCCCCUAAUUCUCCGCCAUUCUUGUCUGAAACGCCGUGCGACUAUAUUACGGUACUCGGAUCCCACAACUCCGAUAGACUCAGGCCGAUGCGGUAGUCGGAGCGGACCCUUCUGGUUCUGUGCGAGGGAUCGUUAGUGUAUCCGGGGAAGUGACAUAGCCUAUAUAACUGAUACACACC